GGGCGCCAUUGUGCUGCGGAGCAGGCCGCGGCGUCGCGGCUUGUGGGCUUGGGAUCGCACGCUUCCCGCUCUCUGCUCGCCUCUUUCUCUCCCUCUCUUUCUCUUUUUAUUCUCUCCCUCCCCUCUCCCCUUCCCUCCCCCUCCGGCCGCGGAUAUGCCGCGCGUGUACAUCGGCCGCCUGAGCUACCACGUCCGGGAGAAGGACAUCCAGCGUUUCUUCAGCGGCUAUGGCCGCCUGCUCGAGGUCGACCUCAAAAACGGUUACGGCUUCGUGGAGUUCGAGGACUCCCGCGACGCCGACGAUGCCGUUUACGAGCUGAACGGCAAGGAUCUGUGCGGGGAGCGCGUGAUCGUGGAGCACGCCCGCGGCCCCCGCCGCGACAGGGACGGGUACAGCUACAGCAGCCGCAGUGAGUACGGUGGGGGUGGUGGCGGAUAUAGCAGUCGGAGACAAUCUGGAAGAGAUAAAUAUGGACCACCUGUUCGUACAGAGCACAGACUGAUUGUUGAAAACCUUUCCAGUCGCUGUAGUUGGCAGGAUUUGAAAGAUUUUAUGAGGCAGGCUGGUGAGGUGACCUAUGCAGAUGCUCACAAAGAACGUACAAAUGAAGGAGUAAUAGAGUUCCGGUCAUACUCAGACAUGAAACGUGCCCUGGACAAACUGGAUGGCACAGAGAUAAAUGGAAGGAAGAUCAGGCUGGUUGAAGACAAGCCACGGUCAAGCCAUAGGCGGUCUUACUCUUGCAGCAGGUCAAGGUCACGGUCUAGAAGGCGAUCUAGAAGCAGAAGUCGUAGAAGUAGGAGCAGCCGCAGCAGGUCCCGUAGUGUCUCUAAAAGUCGUUCCAGAUCUAAAUCCAGGUCACGAAGCAAAGACCGUUCACGUUCCAGAUCUAAAAGCCGGAAGUCCAGAUCAAAGAGCAAAUCAAAACCCAAGUCUGACAGGGGGUCACGCUCUCACAGCAGAUCUAAGGAGAAGUCUGAGAAGUCUCGGUCCAGGUCCAGGUCUCGAUCUCCCAAAGAAAAUGGUAAAGGAGAUACUAAGUCUAAAUCCAGGUCAAGGAGUAGGUCUCGUUCCAAUUCUCCGCAGCAGCAGCCAUCUGCCAAGGCUCGUUCAGAGUCACCACCUAAAAGAGCUGCAUCGAGGUCCCGUUCCAGAUCUCGUUCAAAGUCUCGCUCACGAUCAAGAUCUAGUUCAAGAGAUUAAGACUAGAACUCUCCUCUUACCCUGCACACUAUUAUGGAACAUUUUUCCUACUUGUCAGGCCAUUAGUGUUAUGUUAGUUCUUCAGAAGUCGGUUUUUUCUCUUGCAGGAGUAAAUGGCCUAUGAACUAAGUAAUGACGCGUAAAGCUUUAAUUUGUAUCCUGAAUUUGAAAACGAGAUCAGAUGGUGUGGUACAAAGCGGAAAAAGCCCCCACCUCUUUUUUUUUUUUUUUUUUUAGACAUUCAGCUAGAGCUUUGAUUUUAUAGCAUUUCUGCUUACCUACUCUAAAGUACAGAGUGGUUUUUAUAUUAAAAAUUGAAUAUAACACGCUUAAAUCUGGGCUUUUUCUUUUUUUCCCAUGGUUUUAGAACUAUGAGUAUCAUUGACUCAGCAGGUUUACAGGUUGCUACCGAAGGCAAGAUAGUCUUGCUGGACAGAUUAGAAUUGUCUGGUUUAUCUUCAUUUGUGGAAGCAGGCUGCAAAGCUAUAAGCAAGAAAAUAAUCUAGAAAGGCUAGACCAGCAAUAAACUCAAGUUGGGGCAUUUGUUUUGCAUCUUAACUUGCCAAAAGAACAUUCCUCCCCAAUACUGUGACUGUAUUAAAGGUAACAAAGGUACUCUUAACCUGUGUCAUGCAGUAUUGCUACAGAUCAUAGUUUUGAAACUUAAAAGAAUGAAAGCUUUUUGACGUUUUUUUUUUUUUUUGCUUGACUAUCAAGUGGCAGUUCUCAGACACUAAUGUGUCUUGGAUGUAGCUGAAGUCCACUAGUAUGUUGUAUGAUUUGUCAGCCUUGAAAUAUCUAUUGGAUAUGAAAACUAGCUAAAAUAAAACUCUUUGCUCCCUUUAGACUCAUUUAUGUUAACAUUCUGCUUCAGAACUAAGAUUGUAUUGUGUUUGAACCUGAACUUUACUGGAAGUGUAAUCUCUUCAAGCUAGAGUUCUAGUCUUAAUGCUUUGCUAAACCACAGUUGCGAAUUCAGUUAAAUUGUGGAAUAGAACUCAUCCUAAAAACUCCCCUUUAUAGCUAAAUCGAUUUUUUUGUAACAUGCAACAUUAGAACUGCCUUGUACUCUUUAUACAAUGUGUAGUUUGACUUGUAUAAAAUUAAAUUGGUGACUCAAA